GACAGCCCGCCCGGAGCCCCGGGGGCGGCCGCGGCCACCAUGUCGUCCCCCAGCCCGGGCAAGAGGCGGAUGGACACCGACGUGGUCAAGCUGAUCGAGAGCAAACACGAAGUCACAAUCUUAGGAGGACUCAACGAAUUUGUUGUGAAGUUUUAUGGACCACAAGGAAGUAAGUUUGGGACCUUUCCAGAAAAAAAAAAAACCCAUGAUAAAAAAUACAUUUAUUUAGGGGGUUUUUUUUGGUUUUUUUUUUCUGCUGAUUUCUCUCUGUGUGUCCUUGCAGGAUUCAUGAAUAAAAUCUUCCACCCCAACAUUGAUGAAGCGUCAGGAACUGUUUGUUUAGAUGUAAUCAAUCAAACCUGGACAGCUCUCUAUGAUCUCACCAAUAUUUUUGAGUCGUUCCUGCCGCAGCUCCUGGCCUAUCCCAACCCCAUCGACCCCCUGAACGGCGACGCCGCGGCCAUGUACCUGCACCGGCCCGAGGAGUACAAACAGAAAAUUAAAGGGUCCCCCAAACCCCUUCGGGCCGAGCCCCCCCCGUGCCUCACCCCCCUCCCGGCGCCCCCCAUCCUGCCCGGGGUCCCCCAAACCUCUGCCGUCGGGGCGGUGUCGCAUCCCGGCGGGGCGAUGCGAGUGACAACGAAAUCGCGGUGCAGCCCCAGCGCCCGCAGCCGCGGCUGCCCCCCGGCCCUGGGGGGGCUGUUCGGGGUUCCAGGGGUGCCCCCCUCGCCCCCCGGGUCCGAUCCGUGGCCGCUCUGCAGCCCCGAUGGCAGCUCCGCUGUCACCGAAUAG